AUGUCGACCGCAUCAACUCGUUCUCGCGGGAAUAGGCGUGUCGAUAGCCUUCAAAACAGCCAGCGUCGCUCCAUAUCUCGAACGAUAUCUCGAACACGACCAAAACCUCCUAGCUACAACGAUGGCUAUACCUUCGCUCUUCGAGUCGCAUACCUCCACCACCUCCUUCAACCUCGCGCAAAGAGAAAGCAAUAUGUUGCAGCGCCGAAACCCAUACAGCAGAGGAGGACGGUUAUGAUCGGUGAACUGAUCCAGGACUUUUCCCGGGUCAAAGAUACCAAAAGUGCAAAGUUCCCGCAUGGCUUCAUGUCACCAUUGGAAAAGCGCUUACAAGGGGUUGUAACGGGGACAGAGAGGCUCCCAGGAUACAAUGACGCUGGCGUCAAGCGCACAUUUGCUGAGGCCUACACAGCAUUCACGGAGCAGGGCUUUCGCAGACGUAUGGACAAGGAGCGACGAGUAGAAGAUCUGGUCCUUAUAUUCUAUUCGAAUGCAACCAAAGCCCUCCAGAAAACCCAAAAAGGCCCUGAUGAUGAUUCGUGGAAGAUUUUGGUAGAUCGGCAUGUUGCUCUCUUCGUAAGACUGAUCGGCAAUACCUUGAAAGAUCUUGGAAAUGAUAAGGAUAGGCCUGAGCUUAUGAGUCGGCUGACGACUUUGGAAAAGAAGUUGUUGACGAAUGACCAGGACCUAUUCAUAAAUACAACUGGGAAAGGGGCGGAAACCACGAUAGAAGUUGUUGUCCCGAUUAGCCUCGAUGUUAAGGACAUGGUAAUGGUUCAGACCGUAGGAAAGAUCUUUGGCCUCCGAAAUUCACAGAUGCAAUCUGAUAUUGACGCCAAUAGAAAACUCUGGACGGAAGAGGCAGCUCUUAUGGAUCUUAAGGCUUACCAACAUUGCCUUGACUCUAAUACAAAGCGAACCUUGAGGAACGAUGACUUCGACCUCGAUGAAGGAUACCAGACGUGGAAAAAGGCCGAGAUCCCAGAACUAUCUCAAAUGAUAGCUGAAAUAUUGAAAGCCAAGCCAGAGCUCGUAAAAUCUUCCACCGACUCACACAACAAGCCACUACCAUCAAUCACUCCUACUUCACACAGUGCUGAGGAUCAGGCAUAUUCCGAGCUAGCCAAAUCCAUUUCGAACCCGACAGACUCGAACUCCUUGUACUCGUUUGAUCAGCCUGCCGACAUGAGCGCUUUGUCGCUCGAAACUGAAAACCCCGAUCGGAUCUAUCUUGAGCAGUCCACAUAUACGUUCAUCCCCCCAGAGCCCCGAGCCUAUUACAGGACCAUUCUAUCAACUGCGAUGACUUUUGAGCAGCUCCAUGCUCCACAAUCAGACGAUGCUUCUGUAGCAAAUGCACCCCUAUCUCGACAAUCUCUAGAGCUCAUAGCAGAGUUGUGUCUUCGCUGGCGCAUUCCUCAGUUCACUAAACUUGUUCUGUUUCUGGAUGUUGCCGCACAGAAAUUCCUAGACCAGGAAAUCGGAUUGGAUGAGCUAGAUGCUGCUUUUGAAUUCGUGAAAAACCCUCCAGCUGAGACCAAACGGCCUCAUGCUCAGUUUCACUCACUCGGGCUAUUGGAAAUUGACCAAAGAAACUGGACGGUUCAGGAUUAUGCCUUGCACCGACAGAUCCUCUUGAACUUACACGACGGCCUUCUACGAGAUCUCUAUGACUUAUUGCAGCAUUGCUAUGACCCAAAACCUCCGUCCCCAGGUCCUGUCUUGACUAUAUUGGAGAGCCACCUCUACAAUGACCCCUCAUUUUCCCAAGACGACGCUCAAGUGGAAUCUUACCAAAGCCAGCUUACUGAAGGCCUUCGAUCCAAAGCCGCGGAAGUGUAUCGAAGCUACCUCGAGGCUGAGGUUCCACAAGACCAAGAAGAAUGGGAAUUCUUUCAUGUUGUCCAACUUGGCAAGGCGGUUGUAAAACUUUGUGAGAGGAUCCAGAAGAGAUACCGGAAGAACCCAGACAUUAUGGGCGUCAAUCCUCUAACAAUCCUUGUUGAGACAAUGUUUCCCAGCUUUGAAAAUGAUGCAAACGACUUAAUUCAACGCAUCCUCCAUGUGGCCCAAACGAAGGAUUCGGAAGUUGAUGUACAGGAUGGUUUUGAUCUAUACAAAGAGCUUGUAGAAAUUCGUCGAAUUCAUCAUGCUGCUCUACCAGAGCAACCCUUUGCAUUUCACAUUGAGAGCUGCCUGGCUGAUUUUGUCCGUCGCUGGAUCCGCAGAACAGAUGAGAAGAUAUGUGACCUCAUAGAUCAAAUGAUCAAGCAAGACGAAUUCAAAGUUCGGUCGGAUGAUCCCAAUCAUCCAGCUACCGAUGACGAACGCCACAGUUCCUCUGUUAUCGACAUGUUCCGGUUAUACAAUCAAACCAGCGAUCAAAUAUUCAAACUAGAAUGGGAUGACGAUGUCCAAUAUGCACAAUUUAUGACUUCGCUGUCGAAGUCAUUUGGUGUUGGUCUUGCGCGGUACUGUGAAAUUAUCGAUCAGAUGUUCAAUAAAGAGAUGGACAGGCUUUCACCUGCUCAAGAGGCAGCUGCUUCUCAGACGAAGCAGGAGAAGUGGGUGCAGCUCGCCAAGGACGCCUGGAACAAUAAAGAGAAGAUUGAACCCUUCCAGUUCUAUCCCGAGUCAUUUGUGAAACUGAACAAUCUUGAAUAUGCCAUUCGGCAAUUAGAUAAUCUUGAGAAGACGAUGAAUGUCGACGCAUGCGCAGAGGUAUUAACAAGAGUUGCACCUCCUAAAGAAAAAAAGCGGAGACCUUCUAAGUAUGUUUUUACAAUCAAAAUUGUUGAGGCCGAAGAUCUCAAGGCCUGCGAUCCGAAUGGAACUAGCGAUCCUUACGUGGUUCUUGGUGACGAAUAUCAAAAACGUCUAGCCAAGACCAGGAUUGUUAUGAGGAAUCUCAACCCACGUUGGGACGAGUCUGUUGAUAUUACAGUAUCAGGCCCGCUUGUUAUCAUUGCAACCAUUUGGGAUUGGGACACGUUUGGUGAUCACGACUACGUCGGUCGGACCAACCUCAAACUAGAUCCAACCCAUUUCAUGGACUACAUGCCACGAGAAUAUUGGUUGGAUCUGGAUACUCAGGGUAGACUCCUAUUGCGUGUCAGCAUGGAAGGAGAACGAGAUGACAUCCAGUUUUACUUUGGGAAAGCUUUCCGUUUGGCGAAGCGGACUGAGAGGGAUAUGACGAGGGUUAUUACUGAUAAGCUUUCGCAAUACAUCAAUUCCUCCCUUUCCCAGGAUGCUCUGAAGUACCUAAUAUCCGGAGGAGGCAUUUCUGUCGCUUCGGUAACCAUGCUAUGGAAGAGUCGCCAAUCUGUCGUUCCUAGUAUCACCCCUCUUGACAUUGAAACUGCCUUGAAGCCUCUCCUGGCAUACUUCGACGAAAACUUCGCCAUCAUGAAACAGACAUUGACGGACGCCUCUAUGGUUAUGGUGAUGACCCGGUUAUGGAAAGAAGUCCUACUGGCGAUCGAGGGCCUGCUAGUUCCCCCACUAUCGGAUAAGCCAUCAGCGCAGAAGCCACUCACCCAACAGGAGAUGGACAUCGUAUUCAAAUGGCUCGAGAUCCUCUUCAAUUUCUUCCACUCUCGAGAUGAAGAGACUGGCGAAGUUCUAGGCGUGCCCGCCGAUGUGUUGAAAUCACCAAAAUACCACGAGCUGGCCUCGUUAAACUUCUUUUACUUCGACACAACAGAUAACCUAAUCCGCACAUCAGAACGCAUGGCAACGGCAACUGCACAACGGGCCCAAGCACAACGUAACCGUCUCUCGGCGCCUGCCACCCUCGGAGCAUCCUUCGGCGGGCUCAUGGGAUCCGCAUCAGUGCGAAGAGCGAAGAGCAUCAUGAUGUCUCGCAAUCUCGGCACAAUGAAAAAAGCGAAGGAGGAGAAGAGGAAGGAAGCACAAGCCGACCCUAGUGAUGAUAUGAUUUUAAGGAUUUUGAGAAUGCGGCUAGAAGCCGCAACUUAUCUCCGAGAUCGCAGUAGGCAGAAGAGUAGACUUGCAGCAGCUGCGGCGGCGGAGAUGGUUGUGAGGCAGAGUCUUGCACAGGGGAGUAGAUUCGGGGCGAAUAAUUUGCCGAGAAGAUAA